GGACAUACUACCUAUGGCACUGUGCAUGAAUACCUACCGAAAGAGAAAGUAAGCAAGAAUGACAUCGAUAAAACCCGGGACUAGAGUCGUCAGGGGUCCGGACUGGGCUUCCAAAAAGCAGGAUAAUGGAGAAGGCUUUCUGGGUACCAUAAUAUUUGUCCCUAAAUCUGGAUCCAACGACAGUAAGGUGACCGUGAUUUGGGACUCGGGGCGGGAGCUCCGUUAUAGGGCGGGACAUGAUGGAAAGUACGACCUAAGAGUGUUUGACACAGCUCCCGUUGGCGUCGUUCACGAUCAUAUUGUCUGUGAUGCUUGUAACGACACGCCCGUAAAAGGAAUAAGAUGGAAGUGCACGGACUGUGAAGACUUUGACCUUUGUAACCUUUGUUACAUGAAUGACAAACACGACACGAAACAUGGCUUCGUUCGGAUUGAUACACAGAAUUCCAGUGCCUUGCCAGUGCCUCCCAGAGCCAAUAGUAAAAGUAUACAAGCCUCUGGUCUGUUCCCAAAGGCUGAGGUGAUAAGAGGGCCACACUGGAAAUGGAAAAAUGAUGAUGGGGGCGAGGGGGAAGUGGGCAGAAUACAACAGGUGGUGACGUGGGAUGGAAAGUACCACCGUGGAGGGGUGAAAGUCUUGUGGAGGCACGACUCCUUGCUGAGUGAUUACCGGGUAGGGGGUGAUGGAUGCGUCGACGUGAUCUACACACGGUCAAGGGAAGCUGGGAGUGGAGGAAAAUAUUACCCAGAACACAUUCCCGUAGUUGAUAUAAACAAACCGGGAAUUAUCCUAUUGAAACCUGGAGACAAAGUUCGAGUGAACUUGACUUUGAAAGAUUUUAAACAGUUACAGGAUAAUUCUAUCUAUGGAGGAUGGGAAGACGAAAUGGAACAGUGCAUCGGGGAGCUAGGCACCAUUGUUCAGACUUUGUUUGAAGGGAAGACAUGUCGAGUGCAGUAUGUUGAUGGCAGGGUCUGGAGCAUGAAUAGAGUGGCAUUGACCAGGAUUCACACAUUUUCACGAGGAGAAGCAGUGACAGUCCUUUCUGAUUAUAAUGCUGUCAGGGACUUGCAGGAGGGGCAUGGGGGCUGGAAUGAUGAUAUGAGACCGGCUCUUGGGGCAAAUGGUCGUAUUGAAGCUAUAGAAAAGGAUGGGGAUAUGCAUGUUAGAAUUCGCGAUCAGACGUGGGUUUUCAGUCCAGUUUGCAUUAUGCCACUACAGAACCAAGACGAAGCAAAUCAAAUACCUUCCAUUCCAGCCAAAAAACCGAGUGAUUUGGAUUCAAAGUCUAUAAACAGAGCUAGGAGUAGAAAUGAUAUGGCAGAAUCUCUAGCUAGAAUGUUUGCUGAUUUAAAACGAGAACAGUCUGACCAGACUAUGAGUAUCACUGGUUUUGUACAGGCUGCUUGCGAAAAUGAUCUUCAAACUUUGAGUGAAAUCAUUAAGAAGCACCCAAAUGUGGUGGAUAAAACACAUGAUGGAAGAACUGCUCUGCAGGUUGCAUGUUAUGAAGGUCAUGUGGAUGCUGUAAAGUUCUUACUGAAAAGUCAGGCUGACCCUAACCUUAAGGAUGCUGAAGAUGAUAGCCCACUACAUUACAGUGCUUUUGGAAAUGAAGCCAAAACAAUGGAAGAACUCUUGAAGAAUGGUGCCAGUGUGAAUGUUGUCAACAAGAAAAAACAAACACCUCUGCACGUAUCAGUUGGACAGCAAAGUCAGGAGUGUGUCAAAGUUCUUCUGGAACACAAAGCCAACCCCUCCCUGAAGGACAGUGAUGGGGAUACAGCAAUGCAUGAUGCAAUUUCUCAGAAAGAUGACCAAUCUGCCAUUUUAAAAGACGUUCUAGGAAGUCCAUCGGCCAAUUUCAAAGAAACCAAUGCAAACGAUUUCAAUGUUCUACAAUGGGCUGUUGUGAAUAAUUCCAGAGCGGCUGUUGAUGUUAUUCUGAACAAAAAUACCAAACUUGUUAACGAUAAGAUGAGUGAGGAUUUUACAGCUCUUCAUAUCGCCGCUGUUAAUGGUUAUGUAGAGAUCGCCAGUGACCUCAUUCAGCGAGGUCAUUGUGAUGUGAAUGCCAGAGACAAAGACAAGAGAACACCUUUGAUAAUCAGUGUAGCACAAGGUCAUAAAAGAACAACAGAGGUUCUAAUAGCAGCUUGUUGCGAUGUCAAUGCACAGGACAAAAAUGGCAACACAGCUCUACAUGUAGCCCAGAUGAAGAACUACUUUCCCAUGCUUUUGAAAACAAAGCAAGAAGGCGAAAUAAACGUUGGCACUGAAAUAUUAUGUACCUUACUUGAAGCCAAGGCAGAUAUUUACAUUAAAAACAAGGAGAAGAAAUCCCCACUGGACUUGGCUGAAGAUGAAAGUACCAAACAGUUCAUGAUUAGAUUAGCUAAAAGUGCUAAUACUGCUACACUUGCUACAACAAAGAGAGGCAUUGGAAUUCCUCUGGACUGGGAGAACAUGGGGCACUCAGACGCUUUCAAAAGAGUUCCUCUCUUUCCUGAUGCUGGCGGUAUGGUACAGAAGGAAUAUGAAAUGGUUGCACAGAAGUUUAAAAAAACAUUAGGACAGGUCAAGAUUUUGCAAAUAGACAGAGUCCAAAAUAUGUUAUACUGGGAAUGUUACCAAUUGACGCGUAGACAUCUCGAAAGUAAAUAUGGGGGUAUUGGAUGUUCCAAUGAAUUGGACCUAUUUCACGGUACUUUACCAAACAAAGUAAAUGUCAUCUGCAAGGACAACUUUGACUUCCGUCUGGCAGGUGGUAGAAUUGGGGCUUUGCUAGGACAAGGUGCAUAUUUUGCCAUGGACGCCAAAUAUUCUGAUUUGUAUGCAUCACCAGAUGAGCAGAGAAAUAAGUACAUGUUUCUUGCCAAAGUUCUGUGUGGAAAAUGGUGUCCUGGAGAUCAAAAGUAUAAAAGGCCUCCAUCUGUUGAUCCUAGCAGAGAAGAUUCUGAACUUUAUGACUCCUGUGUAGAUAAUCUGGAUAAUCCCAGAAUCGUCUGUGUAUUUGAUAAGAAUCAAUAUUAUCCACAUUACUUAAUCAAGUACAAAUAAGUUUUAGUGAACGGUUUUAUCACAUACUUAUCUAAAUUUAUUUUAAAAUAAAAGUCUUGUUAUGAAUUAUGACAAUUGUCAUAUUCAUUUAAAUUGAAAAAUUCCCAAUUUUUGUAGAUGGCACAUUCAGUAAAAUCUAGAUACCUUAACAAUUUGCUUCAGUGAUUUAUUGAACUUUGAUGUGCAAACGAUAACCAUUCAAUGCUUUAUUAAUGUUUAAUAUUGAGAUUUCACAUUAAAAGGUAAUUCCUAAAUGUU